AGUUUUGAUCGUGUGGUGGAUGGGUGUGAUGGUGUUUUUCACACAGCUUCCCCCGUGUUUUUGGAUUCUCCUGAUUACCAGGCGGAAUUAAUCGAUGCAGCGGUGAAGGGAACACUUAAUGUUCUCUAGUCAUGUGCAAAAGUUGCGUCAAUUAAGAGAGUAGUUUUGACAUCUUCAAUGGCUGCAGUUGUACACAAUGGAAAACCUCGCACUCCGGAUGUGGUAGUUGAUGAGACUUGGUUUUCUGAUCCAGAUUUCUGUGAGAAAUCUAAGCGUUGGUAUGUCCUUUCGAAGACAUUAGCUGAGGAGGCUGCUUGGAAGUUUGCAAAGGAGAACAGGCUUGAUUUGGUUACAAUAAAUCCAGGAUUUGUGAUUGGUCCUAUUCUACAGCCAACCCUUAAUUCUACUGUGGAACUCAUCUUGAACAUCGUCACUGGACGGGAACUCCCAUCACAUGGUGUAUUUGUGGAUGUUCGAGAUGUUGCGCAUGCUCAUAUUCAAGCAUUUGAGAUUCCUUCGGCUACUGGCAGAUACUGUAUGGUUGAAAGCACCGUAGAUGUUACUGAGUUGUGGAAGAUCUUGCAUCAACUUUUCCCUAUGUUCCACCUCAAUGAAAAAUUUGAGGAUAAGCCUAUUCAGAAACAGUACCAAGUAUCCAAAGAGAAAAUUAAGAGCUUGGGUGUCAACUUCAUUCCUUUGGAGGUGAGUCUCAAGGACACUGUUGAAUACUUGAAGGAAAAGGGUUUCAUUACCUUUUGAAUCUCAACUAUUGACUUUACUGUUAUCAACUCUCCUUUUUCCCCCUUCAUUCAGUUUUUAUUAAUUUUUCUUAGUUUUUCAAUAAAAAUCAUGUGGCUGUACCAAGAAAAUAGAUAUUAUUCU